ACUAAUACUGUUUUUCAAUAAAUUACAGCUGAACAUUUAUCAUUUUGGAGUUUAAAGUAUGUCAUCAUGGCAAAGUUUCGAAGAAGGACUUGCAUCAUUUUGUCACUUUUUAUUCUGUUUAUUUUUUCUGUGAUGAUGGGUUUAAAAAUGCUGAGACCAAAUAAAGAUACUUUUGGAGUUCCUUUUGGACUUGACCUUCUUCUUCCAGAAAUUCAUCCACAGAUCCCUCGCUUGGAGGAAAAUUUUGAUUCCCAAAUGAGUGACAGAAUCAACAGUGAAACAAAUACCAAGAAUUUAAAAACUGUUGAAUUCACUGUGAAACCUUCCAAAGCCUCUGAGCCUUACCCAGAAGAACUGCCAGCACUGAAUUAUUAUUUACAUGUAUUUUAUUAUAGUUGGUAUGGAAAUCCACAAUUUGAUGGUAAAUACAUACAUUGGAACCAUUCAAUUCUGAAGCACUGGGACCCUAAAAUAAACAAGAAUUAUCCACAAGGGAAACACUACCCUCCAGAUGAUAUUGGCUCCAGCUUUUACCCUGAGUUGGGAACUUACAGCUCUCGGGAUCCUUCUGUCAUUGAAACUCACAUGAAACAAAUAUACUCAGCUUCAAUUGGUGUAUUAGCCUUAUCUUGGUACCCACCCGAUACACAUGAUGAGAAUGGAGUACCUACUGAUGACUUGGUACCAACUAUUUUGGAUAAAGCUCAUAAAUAUAAUCUAAAGGUCACUUUUCACAUCGAGCCAUAUAGGAAUCGAGAUGAUCAAAACAUGUACAGAAAUGUCAUAUAUAUUAUAGACAAAUAUGGAAAUCAUCCGGCCUUUUACAGGCACAAGACUGAGAGCGGCAUUUCUCUUCCUAUGUUUUAUGUCUAUGAUUCCUAUAUUACAAAGCCUGAACAGUGGGCCAACCUGUUAACCAUCUCAGGGUCUUGGAGCAUUCGCAAUUCUCCUUAUGAUGCAUUGUUUAUUGCACUUGUAGUAGAGGACAGGCAUAAAUAUGAUAUCGUUAAAAGUGGGUUUAAUGGCAUUUACACAUAUUUUGCCACAAAUGGCUUUACUUAUGGCUCAUCAUAUGAGAAUUGGGCUAAGCUAAAGUUAUUUUGUGAUCAGUUCCAACUAAUGUUUAUCCCAAGUGUGGGCCCAGGAUACAUAGAUACCAGCAUCCGUCCGUGGAACACUCAAAACACUCGGAACCGAAUCAAUGGGAAGUAUUAUGAAACUGCUCUGAAUGCCGCACUCCAAGCCCACCCCAGUAUAAUUUCUAUCACCUCUUUCAAUGAGUGGCAUGAAGGAACUCAGAUUGAAAAGGCUGUGCCCAAAAGAACCGGUAAUACAGUGUACCUGGAUUACCGGCCUCAUAAACCAAGUCUUUAUCUAGAACUAACUCGCAAGUGGUCUGAAAAAUACAGUAAGGAAAGAGAAACUUAUGCAUUAGCUCACUAGCUGCCUGCUUCUAAAUGCACUGAUUAAGUUUAAUAAUUACAUAAAUCACCUAAUUUCAGUAUAUGCCUUUUAUUUUGAGUUAUGGAAAGAAAACUGUCAAAAUCAGUAUGCAUUGUUACUAUUUUAUAAAAAUAAUUUGUACUUUUUUAAAGGGAGUAAUGUUGUCAUUGACACCCUUCACAAUGCUGCACUGAGAGAAAAUUGUGCAAAAAACAUUCCUUGUGCCAUCAUCUGCUAAAUUUCUGACUAAAAUUGAAAUCCUGCUUUCUUAGCAAUUUAAUUUUCAUUUCACAAAAGAUAAAUGCUUAUUACAUAAAGUUGUUAGUUCACAGUUAAAUCCUACUUGAAAUAGGAUUGUGUGUUUGUUAACGUCACUUCUAAAUUUUUUCGGUGAUUCAAUAAACUUUGUGGUAUUAGUGUUUGGAUUCUUUAUAACUCUUUAAUAAUUAACAAAAAUGAAAUCCUAUACCUUAAACCUUACUGUGAACCAUAUUGUGUUGGGAAGGCCUGCCUUCUGCAGCACAGCAUGUGUCAUCAUUUGCAGAUGUUUGGUUACCUGUAGCAUGCUAGGUGUUUGCAUGUCUAAUGUUUCUGCUUUAUAAUACCGAAUCCCAGAUUUCAGAAGCUAUAGAAAGUUCUCUUAUAAAAGUUAACGAUUGCUUCUCAAGUAAGAAAACAUAGUUGUUUCACAAUUAUUAUGAAGAUAUAAUGUCCAAAAUGUUAUCAUUUUUAGAGGACCUUGUCAGUCUUUAACUUCUUAUUCUAUCCAUGUUUUUCAGUUUAAUCGGAGACCAAUUGUUAGAUAAAAAAAAGUUGAUACUAAUUUUGGGUUGCCUUCUUUUACAAUUUUAAGCUGUUUUUACCAAAAGUAAUAGAGAACAUUUACUUAGAGUUUGUUGGUUUUUUUUAGUUUUUUAGGGACAUAGAAAUGAAAAUUCUUUUAUACCUUAAAUUCAUUCCUGAAGUUUAUUUCCAUCAUAAAGUCUUAAACUUAAUGUUUUAUUUAAAAGACAAUAUUUUAAGUUAUUGUGAGUAAUAAUAUUCUAAUUUAAAAACAUUGUACUUUUCUUGUCCCUGUCAGGUUAAAUAUUUGUGGUCAGUUGUUUGUCAUAUUGUGACAAAUUAAUCACCUGUAUGCUAAAAAUAAAUCUCUUUAAAAACUAGAGAAUAAAAUAUAUUCUAUUACUUAUUAUAGUUAAUAUUUGUAACUAGAACUGUAGUAAAAGUCUAAUAUAUAUAUUAUUAUAUGAAUAUUAUUUCACAAGAGAAGUAAUAGGAUAAUAUUAAACAAUAAUGCGUAUAAAUCUUUAAAAACAGUCUCAAACAAAUUAGCAGUGGAAUUAAUCAUAAGACAGCCCAUCAGAGGUUGAAAUUUUAUUUUUAAGAAGUGGUUUUGAAGUAAAAUAAUAUGUUUAUAACUUAGAAUUUGCCAUUUCUCAGAGAAUGAUCAGGCCACAGGAAAUUAGUAAUAAUAGUAAUAAUCUACUUUCUAUAAGAAGUUACAAGGAAAAAAAACACACGAUACUGAUUGAUAUAACCAAGCAUCUUCAUAGGAACACUCAUAGAUAUAACCUGUGGACUUUUUUUCUUAUAUUUAGUUUGCCACUAUGUAUUAUCAUAGAGAUAAACUCUAAAUAUGUCAGACCUAAUAAUACUUUAUAGCAUACCAUGUUUUGUUAAAGUUUACUUAGAGAAAUAUCUACUACCAAGGAAUUUUUGUCAUUGUUUAUGUUGUAUAUUUGAACCCACUAUGGUAGAAAAUUAAUUUUAUGAAAUAGUUCUAAGAUGGAGAAUGUAUAAAAACGCAGUCAGCAAGUCCUCAACUUGGAUACCACCACUUCCUGUCCUGCUCCUCUUGCAGAAAUAGGUAAUCUCCUACAGCACAGUUUACCUCUGACCUUUGUUGUGGUUCCCAGCACAUCACCCUAACUAGCCAGGGAUGGUCCGUCAGAUGGCAGUAAUAUAAAACAGAUUCUGUCUUCGCUGCAGAAAGUUACUAUGGAGGGAAGAAUGUUCAGAGCCUUAUCACAUAUUGGUUUACUAAUUUAUAAUUAUAUGAAUAUCAUGUUCCUUUUUUAAAAAAAACAGUUAUUAGGAGGAAUUCUAGCUAAUAGUUUUGUUAGUCUUAGGGAGGGAUGCUUUCAAUCUUUCUCAGGUAUUCAUUAUAGCUGCCUUUUUCAUUUGACUAGUACCAGUUUAGAUCAUUAUGAUCACAAGUAAUAAGAGCAAAGAAUGAUUUCCUAAUUUUAAAACUAAAGGUUUAAUUCAGUAAACUAAAAUAACUUAAAAGAAAAAGCAGUGUAAUAUAGCAAUGCAUGAGUCAUAAUGAAUUAUUUUAUGGUUUAAUCAGUCCAAUUGUUUUGACUGUGUAGAAGCCAGAUUUUUCCUUCAUUGCUCCCUGUAAGGACUAGCACUGUCAAGAACUGCUAUUAUUGUUUGUAUUGGUUUCAUGUUAACAUUUUUUUGUUUAAGAGUGUGUAAUCGACUAUUUUGUUAUAUGGAUUAGUUAACUUUCAUUUAAUAAAAGCAUACAUGAAAUAUAUUGUAUCUUAGGUUUAAAAAUCUGUUCCUUUCUAUUUAUGAAAUGUUAUUUAAUUUCUGAUCAGUAGAUGAAAAAGUAGUAUUCAGUCACAUUCUGUAUAAUUUCUCUAUUUGAGAUAUGCAGCACUUACAAAGUAGAUAUCUUUAGUUGUUACAUACCUUUUAAAACUGUAGAUCUGAGUGAUACAUAAAAGUUUCUUUUUUAAUUUGAGAGGUGUUUUGUUAUUUUUUCCUUUGGGCAAAAUCCUGUAUUAGAUCUGAAAUCCUUUAAGAAAUUGAUCUUCCCCCAAAACAGCAAAAGUAACAAGCCACCUGAACAAUCUAAGUUCAUAACUGUGCUUUUUCAAACUAAUCAGUUAUUCGAUUUAAUUCCUGUGACCACUCUUAAACUCUGUAGUGCCUGCAGAAAGAGUGCUUGAAAAUCUAUCUCCAAAUUUUGAAUUAAGGUCAACACCCUCAUGUCCCACAGUACAGAGCUAUACACUUUAUUUACGACCAGCAAAAUUUUAGUUAUUUUUAUAAAUAUUUAAAAUUUCACAAUAAAAAUUGACUUAGCCACAAGCAAAAUGGUUUUUUUUUGGCUCACAUAGUCCCCUUUUAAAAAAUGCACUUCAAAUUAAAUUUUAUACUCACUUUGUUAUGUAUCCAUCCACUUAAAGGCUAAAUGUUACUGUAUGCCUAACGUAAGGCUAUUAGUUUUGAAAAUUCCAUUACUACUUUGGCUUAAUUACAGAGACUCAUUUAUUCUUAGUCAAAUAAAAAAACUUAGUAGUUGUGAUGUUCUAUUCCAGGUAUCAGUGAAGGGUCAUGUGAUUAGCUUUUGUUGUUAUACUAUUGCUGUUUAAUUUAUGACAUCAAAAGACAAAAUAAUUUGAGAUCUAAUAAGCAAAUAGUCAUAGAUCUAAAAUUUACCAAACUCAAAACAGUGGCACUUUUUCUAUUGAGUGUUCUAGACUUCAUUUAAAAGAAUUAUAUAUAUUGAAUUUCAAGUUUCUCAAUUUAUAUACAAAAUAAACAAUACAUUUAAACAAAGAUAAAAGGCCUUUUAGAAACUUCCACUGGAAUAACUGUUUCAUGACACAAAGCAAUGAUGUACCAUGGUAAGAAUUCUACAUACGAUUCUACUUACGGUAUAUGAUUGUAUCAUCAUUCUUUUGUGUGUUUGUUUUUGACUUUUUGAAAGAAUAGCAUAGAAAUCUGAGCAAAGAUCAUUGUAAACAACACAAAAUAAAGUGACAAGCUCCAGCCACUCAAUAACAUUUAAAAUAAAUACAUUAUAAUUUGCCUAUGCAUAAAAGUAUUUUGAGUCAGUUUUACAAAAGCCAUUAUCAAACCACUGUAUCACCAGUUUAUCUAAUGUAAUGUGGUCUUGACGCUGAUCUUGAAAAUAACAAAUGAAAAAUAAAAAUAUAUAUUUAGAAGAAAUUCAAUUGUAAUGCAUGUAGUAAACUUAAGAAAUUUAUGUUUGAACACAGUCACCUAGGAGCCACCACUUUUUGUUUGUACAUACUAAAUACAUACUUACUGAAUACUACUGUACUGUAGAUCGUUUUUAAGUUACCCAGACUUAUAUUAGGCACGUUGCAGACUAUUAAACUAUAAAUAUUAAAAUUGUGCAGUCUAAUCUUUGACUACAUGUAAAAAGUUAAUUGCAAAUCCAAUUGCUAUAUUCUUGAAAAAUUGCUCUUUUACUAUAUUUGUUUAAUUAAAGUGCAUUCCUGAAAAUUAUGCUCUUGACUUUUUAGGUAUUUUGUAAGAAAAAUAUUUAAUGACAAUGAUAUGAAGAGGAGCUGAGCUCAAAUUCUAUUUUAUUUUUCCUCAUAUGAAUAUUAUGUGUUUGUAGUUAAUCCCCAAAUAAAAUAUUGUGUUAAUAUA